UAUCUUUUCUGAUGGCUUAUGAGAUUAUUGAAAUAGAUGGAAACGAAGCGAACUUCACCGAUGAGCUGACAGACCCUCAAAGCAACCUGUAUCAAGAACUCGAAGCUAAAGUUUGUACAGUGGCUGUUGGUGUAUAUGGAGACUUGGCUGGAUACUCGGGAUGCACUGUGUAUAACUUCACAUCAGGAAGUAUCAUUGCAUGGUUCUACACAGACUUCUUAGCAUCGUCUGACGUCACAGAAGCAACUCUUUUGAACGAAACCCUGAUCAAACUGGAGAAUGGGAACGGUAGCCUGGGCGCCAAUGGUACCGUGUUUACCAUCGAUAAGAAUACCAUUUCCAUUACAGAAAUAAAUGUUAUUACAACUAAAGCACAGACUUCUAAUCGCGUAGAUGUUACUACGGCUACACCUAAAGAACCAGAUAACAAAUGGCAGAUCGUUGCUUACAGUAUGAUCGGAGCGGUGGCCUUUCUCAUUCUCGUCGUCCUCGUCAUGGUCUGUUGUGGUGAUCGUAUCACGAGAUCAUGUAGAACCAACGAUAAGCUGGUCGUAUCGGUCAAUGGUAACCCAGUCAUGAUGAGUGAUGGCGUAGUCGCUGAAGAGGGUAUCUCACCGUGGCAGACGUACAAGUCGCACGCAUUUACUUUCUUCCCCGGUGCCUGGGCGAUCUCUGAGGACGGUCGAAAUCAUCCUCCCGAGAUGGAAAUGGACGAGAGGACUACUAUCGAGGGCCAAGUACACGACGUCGAUGACGACUUCGAUGACGAUUAUACCGAUGAUGAAGAUACUGUGUUUGACGAUACUCGCUUUCCACCUCCACCGCCGGCGAUGAUGACGUCAUCAAAUGAUGAUUUCGAGUUGCCCUUAUAUCUAGACAAUGUUGAUCAUGAGUUUGGGAUAGAUAAUGUGACUUAUAAUGUGGUGUCGAAUUGAUUACUCCAAAACAUAAUAUGACAGGGUUUUUAACUCCAAGGUUUCAUCCCAUAAACAAAGCAAAAUAUAUAUGAUAUAUCGAUAGUUUAUCAUUAGUAUUAUUUUGUUGUUGUUGUUGUUUUUAUUUCCGUAUAAUAAAAUCAGAUACAAAUACAUAUAAAAUAAUCAUACAGAGAAAAAGGGACCGUAUACGGCUGGUAGCCCAUAUUCAGCUGCAACUAUAAUUGUUGCUGCUGGUCUUCCAUGGGGCCAGUUUACAAUAUGCAAAAUAUACAUAAUAUUAAA